AUGCCUAUGGCCAAGAGUUUAGGAAAGGUGCAGAAGGCUCUCAAGAGCUCGCGCGGUGCGGUGCAUCCAAAGGGCAGAAAGUUCAAGAUGCUGAACCGUGCAACUUUAAGAGAGAAAAAACUUCAGGAUGCAAAAGUCAAGCAUGCUGAGAAAAGAGGAGGAGAAAACUUGAUUUAUUCCUUCUUUCAGCAGGCCAUUCUCACUCCUCAAUAUCAGAAAGACAGUUUUUCCGUGGAUGAAAUCAGGACGUUUAUUGAGGCGUUCAUCACAAGAGACGAUGAGGAACUUGAGGCUCUAAGAGAGGACCGCAGACCAGGCAGACCACCAACUGCUAGGCAGCAGCAUUUGGAAGAAAGAAUCAGAAAGGAACAGCAUUUAUUCGAAACCGGCUGGCCAGUACCUGAUCUUCAGGAUGCAGAGAGUGUGAAACACUUGAAGAACUGGAAUGGAUCUCCUGGAGGACUCACCAUCAUAAAGAAGAUCAUUGUAAAGGAGUCAGCUUAG